CCAUUCAGCAGAGCAUUACGCAAAUCAACAAGCCACUUUGUAUUUCUUCACAAAGCAAUAGGGGUUUUUUCCACACCAUCUUUACUUUGCAAACACAGAAGUGCAAUUUAAAAAGGAAGACUGCAGAAAUUAAAUUGAUGGCCAAAUAAAUGCUCCGUGAAGGCCAAGGAGCUGUGAGAAGGAACUGCAAAUUUCUGGGCUCAGAAAUCCAGUACAUCUAGAACCGGUGCUUUUUAUUUGUCUACUCUUUAAGAGGCUGUAUGGUCUGUUGACCAAAUGCUAGAACCAAGCAACUCAGGAGAGUUGUAUGCAUGCAUAUUUAUUGCUUCUGAUUCUUCUGUUUGGACAAAGAAGAUGUGUGAGCUGAAACAUGCUGGUAAAUCAGGUAUGAGUGUUGGGAGUAAAGUCUCCUUCAAGCUCCCAGUCCAGCUCAUUGAUGAACAGGGGCAGCAGAUGAUCAUGGGAGAGCAGGAGUACAGUGGGACAGUCCUUUUUCACUCACCUGGUCUGACUCAGUGUAAGGAAAAAGCAAAAAUCUUUUGCAAACUCAUUGAUGAAAAGAGAGGCAUAUCUGGGAAUGAUAUCUUGGAUCUCCUGCUGAAAGAAGAAAGAGAAAAUGCCAGCAAUAUGAGUAAAACACUUUACAUGGAUUGCAAUGUCCAAUCAUUCCCAGUCAGCAAAACAGCUGAGGAUGAUGUCUGCCUGAGCAGCAAAAGAAGAAAAAUGUGUGCAACUCAGAGCCUUCCUUCCACGGCCGCUGGUCUAGUAUCAACAGCACCUGCUCAAUUCCAUGCCAUCUACAGCUUGCCAUCUGUGUCGGUGAAGUCAGAGCUGGCAGGAGAGUUAAGACAAAGAUCUGCUUUGGAAGACAAUUGCUUUCAGCUGUCAUGGGAGGCGCUCCAGCUGGAAGAGGAUGAAGACAUGGGGGAGGGUGAUGAGGAGUGCAGUGAGGAAGAAAACCCAUUUGCUGUUCUUGAAAAAUUGAUAAAGGAAAAUCAAACACUACGGAAAGAAAAUGCAUGUUUGAAACAGAUGCUGCUAGCAGCCCAGAAUUCAGCACCAUUCAGGUUGUUCUCUCAAGAAACACGUGACUCAGCUGCCUAUUACCUGCGGUUGGUCCUGGAAAACUUAGAAAGAACAGUUACAAUGAAUUCUUCUCCUUCACCUCAGGCAGUGGGAAGCAAAAAUUCUACCACAACAGUGAAUAAGGAUAAAUACUUGAAGCCUUUGAUCAUUGAUCCCGAUAACCCAGAGAGGUACUCGCAAGUGCUUGUGGACCCCAACAAACUAUACAAUGUGGUGAAAAAAGCACGAGAGCAGAAAUCCCACCAGGAAGUUAGCCUGUUGAAUGGACUCAUAGAUCUCGUGUUCAGCACUCAGGAGCUAGCAGUAGCCCAUGGGCUGGGGCUGAAAGGGAAGGAUAAAGAAGAAAAGGCCCUCAACAGGGUAAAAGUAUCAGCCUGUGAAGCUUUUUUAAGACAAACAUGCACUGCAGAAGGCUGGAAAGAGCUGAGCCAGGUUGAAUUCCGAAGAAAAUUCACAGCAAAGAUUUGCAAUGCCCGGCGGGAUCUGAAAAACUCCAUGCAAAAAUCCUCUUGAAAACACCCUACCUCUGAGGUCUAUGGGACUUUGAUAUGUAACUCUGAUAAUCUAAUGAGGAUCCUCUGACUGUAUUUUCACAUGGCAUGUUAAGAAACUUGGUACUUCUGCUGAAUAACUUGAAAAAGUCAAUUAUGAAACAAUCUAAGGGAUUUUGGGGCCAUCAGACUGCCCCAACGAAACUAACCAUAUCAUUCUGCAUAUAGAGUGCCUCAAGCAUGGAUAUGAAUGAGGAGACUAUGCAUUAGAGAGAGAGAGAGAGGUUUUUUUUUUACCACCUACUGUUACAUUUAUUUUUAAAGUGGUGUUGGGAUAGUAAAUUUGAACAAAAGCAUUGCAUUUCUUUAGCUAGUUAUUGUCAUCCUUUACAAUGCAUUUUCUGUUGUGUCUGAGGAUAACUUUGCAUGAUAGGGUGCCUUGUUCUUAGCACUUUGAGUGUUGGGGUUUUUCUCUGCAGUCCUGCAGCCUGUAUAUAUUGCUCAUGAAACUGGACUGUAACUGCAGACACCAAUUACAUGCUAGAAAUCAUCACCUGAGAAAAUGAGCGAUUCAAAAUAAAAUCUCUGUGAUAAAACUUUA